AUGGGGAAGCGGUUGUCUUUAGAUUCUGAUGGCUAGCCAUGUGUCCCUGGAUACUGCUGUACGUGGCAUCUCUUCCUGGAGUUCUAUCUGUAUAUAUGUACGCGCAGCCAUCUCUGUCCUGCAGAACAAAGUUAUCAAGAAGACUUGGAGAAGUGAAGGUGGUAGGUGUUACACUGAGGUUUUGGAAUGGCGAGUGCACAGGCUAUGGGGCAAGGAGAACAAGAUCACUUCGUUCUGAAGAGCGGCCACACCAUCCCAGCUGUUGGGCUAGGCACUUGGAGAGCCGGCUCAGAUACUGCUCACUCUGUUAAGACAGCCAUCACCGAGGCUGGAUAUAGGCAUGUGGACACAGCUGCUCAGUACGGAGUAGAAAAGGAGGUCGGUAAAGGACUGAAAGCUGCAAUGGAGGCUGGGAUCAGCAGGAAAGAUUUGUUUGUAACAUCAAAACUAUGGUGCACAGACUUGGUUCCUGAUAAGGUUCGGCCAGCGCUACAGAGCACGCUCAAGGAUUUGCAGUUGGAUUAUAUUGAUCUCUACCUUAUCCAUUGGCCCUUCCGACUAAAAGAUGGGGCACACAUGCCUCCAGAAGCUGGGGAAGUGCUGGAGUUUGACAUGGAAGGAGUAUGGAGGGAAAUGGAAAGCCUUGUGAAAGAUGGACUAGUUAAGGACAUAGGUGUUUGCAAUUAUACAGUUACCAAGCUAAACCGCCUGUUGCGUUCAGCGAAAGUUCCACCAUCAGCAUGCCAGAUGGAAAUGCACCCUGGUUGGAAGAACGACAAAAUUUUUGAGGCCUGCAAGAAGCACGGGAUUCAUGUUACUGCUUACUCUCCACUGGGUUCUUCAGAGAAGAACCUUGCACAUGAUCCGGUUGUCGAAAAGGUAGCCAAGAAACUGAACAAGACCCCAGGUCAGGUGCUCAUCAAGUGGGCCAUCCAAAGGGGAACGAGCGUUAUUCCCAAAUCAACCAAAGACGAAAGGAUCAAGGAGAACAUUCAGGUGUUCGGAUGGGAGAUCCCUGAGGAGGACUUCAAGGUCUUGUGCAGCAUCAAAGAUGAGAAGCGAGUCCUGACCGGUGAGGAACUCUUCGUGAACAAGACCCACGGACCGUACAAGAGCGCAUCUGAGCUCUGGGACCACGAGGACUGAGCUGAGCUGAGCUGCCGUGCCCAGCAGGUGUGCCGCUACCUGAUGGAACCUCGACGAGUGACUGAUGCGAAGUGGUCCACCCAUGCCUCUUGCUUUGCGAAGCCGUGAGAUGCAAUGCACGGAGUGUGUGCAAAAAAAAAGCCCGUCCUGUACUUUUGUGUACCAUAAACCGAAUAAAAAUGGCGCCAGUGGCUUGCCUUCGCCC